CUCUGUUGCCGUGGAACCAAUUAUUAGGGGACCUUUUUGAUCGGCACUGUAUAGACCCCCUCACAGAGUACAUACAACGGCUUUCUCAUAUAUAUCAAGAUUCGGAUCUGCAGGAAUUGGAAUAAAGUAGACGAAUUGCAAUCAGCUAGUACAACUAAAACAACAGAAGUAGGGAAAUAUACUCCAACGAGAAAAUUUGUUAUACUCCAACGAGUGAUGUACUUUCGAUGUGUCGGGAAGACCGUCCCGUCCCGGCCCGGCAGACAUAACUUUCUCAAGUUAUGAUGGCGCUGCAUUUUGUGACAAUCAGGAGACUUGAGAAUACCUUUUCUUUGUGCGUCUUUUCAGGUGUUUUUACGGAGCUUAUGCUAACUUGACAUAUCUGCGAGGAAAGUCUAAGAGUCAACAGCAAUAGCCGCAUCGUGAUACGCACCGGGAAACCAUUCUUUCAUCGUCAUCGUCACCACCAUCUUAUAGUUAUAUUCCUGCCAACAGUGCGUGACAUCAUUACUGGAAUGAAUUCCUUUUGGGGAUCGCGUUGACUACUACUUUUGAAGAAAGUUAUAAUAGGCCUUCUUUUGUUUAGGCCCUGUUGAAAUACUUGCAUCGAUCAUGGCUACAGAGGACAAGCAGAUUCAGUACAGUCCUCAGGUAACACCGCGAUCAGCCGCUGGGUCAAACGGUGAUGACGAAACAGGCGAAGAGGUCAAACCAGAGGAACAACAAGUUCCGCAAGAAGGGUUAACCCAAGCCGAAGAAAAUACGACCACUGAGCCGAACGAGUUUGAACUUCCAUCGGUAACAGGCAACGAUGUUGAGACUGGUGGGUCCAAAGUCGAUGGCCCCAGCGAGGCCAAGGAACAGAUCACACUCGUUCUUCCUUCAGUCGCUGGGUUGGUCCUGCACCCAGAAAAGGGCGAAGUUGGGAAUGAUGGACUCACCGAGAGCGUCAUUCUCGAUGAUGACAAUGAGGAAGAACUUCACCUACCGCACAUUGAAGUCAGUCAGUCGGGGAAACCUUCGGGGGAGGCGGGCCUUCCCACUUGGAAUGGCGACGCGGAAUCGCCCACCAUGCAGCUGUCCCAGAAACCGCGAAGGGAAAUUACCGCCGAGAACGCGCAUCCGAAGUGUUUCGGGAACGUCGGCGCGGCGGGGUUAUCGCGUGUAUUCACGUCCGGCAGUUUCUGCCCUGAACUUUCAAUUCGCGCCAUGGCUCCCAAAGUUCCAUCUAACGACCUGCCUGUGGAAUACAAGCCCUCACUGCCGAACUUUAGAGAGAGAAGCAAACAUGUUGAGAGGAGCAGGACAAUUCCGGAUAUGCCGCGGAGGCAGAAAGAUACCUUCAAGAUGCCCGAAAUACGGUCAUCAAAAGUGUCCCUGUUUGCGCGGGACGGCGAACGAGCAAAGAAUCUUCAAUUUGGUCCUGCUUCCACGUGGAACUUGGACCGGUCUAGGACUGAUAUGAACGGGAGCAAAUCCAGGCUCCGCGAAAAACUUCAGGAAGAGCAGAAACGUCCAGAAAGCGAAAGCGACGAGUUAACGCCAUCGGAAUCGGGUGAGAUGGGACAGAAGAUUCAUCAAUGGUUUAAGAAAGACCGCAAGAAAGAUUCGAAGAACAAUGGACACGGCAACGCUAGGAACUCAAAACGCUCAAAGAACAUGUGGGACGCUGGAAUACAAACGCGCGUACAUCGAGGACUCGCCUCCUCCAUGAUCAAACCGAACGAAAGUAUAGGGAACUAUUUGAAUGAUGUAACGUCAAGCCGGUUUCCUGAAGUCGAGACCCGGCAAAUCGUAGCAACGAAAUCAUGAAACGGUACAAAGUUAAGCAUUACUCAUUGCGUUGGGAUAUUAUGCAUGUUGCACACGAGGCGUUUUGUGGAUUACGAACUACUGCACGGUGCGGCCU